GCCGCAGGCCGGCCGAGCACGGUGCAUGCUGGGAGUUGCUGUGUGUUCUUGGCUGCCGCAGGUGAAACAGAGCUGGGAAGGCGGUGAACAAUCCUGGGUCCUUACAGUCGGCGGAGGCUGCCCGAUUUAGGCAGGCUUUAUUGAGAGAGGGCUGACCACUUGGCACUGGAUGACCAUUUAGUAUCCUGAGGAAGACUCCUGUCUUAGCGUUACUGUUGCUGUGUUGUUGUCUCCAUCUGAUUCAGAGAGAAAUUUUGUGGGGCACUGGAUUAUGACACCAGACAGAAGAUCUGGAUUUGAGUUAGUCAAGAUGAGCAAUCGUAAAAGCAAGAAUAACAUACAUGCAGAGUGUCUUUCCCAGGUACAAAGAAUUUUACGUGAAAGGUUUUGUCAUCAUACUCCUCAUAGCAACCUAUUUGGAGUGCAAGUACAAUACAAGCAUUUAAUUGAGCUACUCAAAAGAACUGCUAUCUAUGGAGAAAGUAAUUCUUUACUCAUUGUUGGACCACGAGGAUCAGGAAAGACCACGUUAUUAAAUCAUGCCUUGAAAGAGCUCAUGCAAAUAGGAGACAUGAGUGAAAAUGUGUUACAAGUUCACUUAAAUGGACUGCUACAGACAAAUGAUAAAAUUGCUCUGAAAGAGAUCACAAGACAAUUAAAUCUAGAAAAUGUAGUUGGAGAUAAAGUUUUUGGAAGCUUUGCUGAAAACCUUUCGUUUCUUCUGGAAGCUUUGCAGAAAGGUAACCGGACUAGCAGUUGCCCAGUGAUCUUCAUACUGGAUGAAUUUGAUCUUUUUGCUCAUCAGAAAAACCAAACACUCCUUUAUAAUCUUUUUGACAUUUCUCAAUCUGCACAGACACCAAUAGCAGUUAUUGGCCUUACAUGUAGACUGUUAAUUUUAAGAAGAUCAGAACUUCUCAAAGUUUAUUUUCAUGAUAUUUUGGAACUCUUAGAAAAGAGAGUGAAGUCACGAUUUUCUCACCGGCAGAUACAUUUAAUGAAUUCAUUUGAUUUUCCGCAAUAUUUGAAAAUAUUUAAAGAACAAUUAUCUCUACCUGCAGAAUUCCCAGAUAAGAUUUUUGCUGAGAAAUGGAAUGAGAAUGCUCAUUGUCUCUCCGAAGAUUCAACUGUGCUUGAAGUUCUACAGAAGCAUUUCAAUGUCAACAAAAACUUGCAAUCAUUACAUAUGCUAUUGAUGCUUGCUUUAAAUCGAGUAACCGUGACACACCCAUUUAUGACCUCAGCAGAUCUGAUGGAGGCGCAGCACUUGUGUAGCUUGGAUGCCAAAGCGAGUAUUGUACAUGGUCUGUCAGUCUUGGAAAUCUGUCUUAUAAUAGCAAUGAAACAUUUAAAUGACAUAUAUGAAGAGGAGCCCUUUAAUUUUCAAAUGGUGUAUAAUGAAUUUCAGAAAUUCAUUCAAAGAAAGGCCCAUUCUGUUUAUAACUUUGAGAAACCUGUGGUCAUGAAGGCAUUUGAGCACUUACAACAAUUGGAAUUAAUAAAACCCAUGGAAAGAACCUCAGUCAAUUCUCAGAGAGAAUACCAGCUAGUCAAACUACUUUUGGAUAAUACUCAGAUUAUGAAUGCCCUACAGAAAUACUCCAACUGCCCUACAGAUGUCAGGCAGUGGGCAACAUCCUCGCUCAGCUGGCUGUGAAGAUUUUAAGUACAUUUCUGUGAAGACCUAAAACUAGUGUUCUUUAAUAAGAUACGCUACUACAUUACUUUGUUUAUAAAUAUUGUUUAUGGGAAACCUGCACUUAGUAUCUUGACUAUGUUUUGAAUAUUGACUGUGCAUGGACAGUUUCAUUAAUUUAAAUUACACCAUACAAGUAACAAUUCAAAAUAAUAAAAUGUGCUUAUUUUACGGGUGAUCCAUAAGAUGACUUGAUACUCUUGUGAAAUGUAUGUGGUCCAUUGGAAAGGUUCAUUUCAACUCAGCAUUUACAGAUCUUAAUGCUAAGCAGUGAGGAGAGAAAUAGGAACAGGAAUGACAUGAGGAAUAUUCCGGCUAGAUUAGGAGCCUGUGGAGAGUGGGGUUGGUUUGGUUUUCUGAGUUGGUUUCUAUAGGAUCCUGCCAUUUUGGAUCCUGUACAGAUCCCCAUGGCUGAAGAGCUCGUGUGGAAAGAGUCCAAACAAUUCAGCAUUUUCUUCUGUGCACAUUUCACCACAACUGGAGGAGUUUUUGUUUAAUAUACAUUCUGGGUAUACUUUAGUUCAAAAGGGAUCAAAAUUGCCAUCUAACAGGUAUCUUAAAGGAUUCCUGGUAACUACUUCCACAAAUAAGUAUUCAUUCCACAGUGUGAGCUGUUGGCUUUGAAUUCUCUGAGAACAAGGAAUGUUGGUCAGAGUUCACUUCCUAAAUACAUAGACAUAGAACUAACAGGUUGAAAUAGAAUAUAAUCUCAGUGAGUUACUUUGUUGAAGAAUAUUUGAUUGAAUAUUUAGUUACAGUAAGAUUUUAUAAAAUAGAGAUCCCUUCUACUUGCAACUUGUAAAGUUUCUGCAGAAUUAAAUGCUAUUUUAUUUAUAGAUUAGGAAACUCUCACCAGUGUCUGAGUCCAGGAUCACAGUAUGGGAAUGACAGGUGUGACCUUGAAUGCAGCUUCGGUUGACUGACAUUAAAGCCAAUGUUGUUAAAAACUAAAGCUUAGCAACAACGUUUUACUAUUUUUAUAGGAUACUGUAAGAAAUAAUUUGACUUUUAAGAAAUCUUAAAUAUAAAUUUCCUCUGCAUUAAUGUAGUACCUCAUAGUUAAAACCUACUUUCUUCAUACACAGCCUUUUCCUUUCUUACAAUAAAACAUGUUUAGCUUUCUAUGCUUUUUUUAAUCAUGAUAAAAAUGAAGCCAUAGUAACUAUCAAGGUCAUAGAAGUAUAGACGUAGAUGCCCAAUUUUUAAACUACUUUCACCUUAUAAGUUGUUCAAACUUCAUUAUUAGAGAAUUCUAAAAUGAGAAAAAUUAGAUUCUUAAAAAACCUAAGAAUGUUCAAGGUGGAAGUGUCCGUCUAUAACAUACAAUUUCACAACUUAAGAGUAGAAGCAAGAAAGGUAAAUACUUUUAGGAGGUUCCAAACUAGUCUUGAGUUAUCCCAACAAGAGCGGAGGGGGAGGAAUGAUUGUGAACAGAAAGUCUGACUGGACUUUCUCUGCAGUGAAGAGAAUUUAGAGUCUCUGCUCAAGACGCCCCCUGGCCAAGAGACGUUAAAACAGACAGAAAAGACUUUGCAUGUUUCCCUUCUACCGUGUGGCCUACUGAAACUUGGGUCUUGUUUAAAAGGCAUCUGAUUUUAUGCAGACACAUGUCGGAAAAGUUAGACUCUCUUGUUCAGACUUCCAUAUGGUAAUGUCUUGUAAUGUAAGGACAUAGUAUCCACUGACCCAGAGAGUUAGACAUCGCAGACUGCACAAUGGGAAACCGCGUUUCUGUACCAGUGAAACAGUCUGAUCAGACUACAGUGGGAGGAAAAUUCCCUAAUUCACAAACUUCCCUGAUUUUUUUUACCCUCUGUAAGAACAUAAAUACACAGCUAAAGAAAAACUGCAUGUGCAAAUAAUACCAUAUUCAUUUUUUAUUUAACAUGGGGAUGGAAUGGGGAUAGCAUACAUUUUAUUUGUACAAUAUUUAACAAUCACUUAUUCAAGGUGGGAUUUUAUGGGGAUUUUUUUCAUUUUUAGCUUUCUGUUAAAUACUUGCAGAAAAAAAAAUAGCAAGUACAAUAUGACAGUAGUACAACAACCUGUGCCCAAAACACUGACAAGAAAUACAGAGUAAAGCUAAAAUAAUUGUUUCCCAAUAUUUUGAGAGGUAACAAAUAGGGAGAUACGGGUUGAGACUGCAUAAAAAACGUACUGCUGGUUGAAUAUCUGAGGUAAAUGAUGUUUAAUCAAGAUGCUACUUGUAUCUUUGUCCAUAAAUUGUAAAUAAUUUUAUGCACAUUAUACCAAAUCUUCCUAAAAAGUAAUUUUUCAAAAAAGUAAAAAAGAGAAACUGGAAAAUAUCUGAUGAAGCAUUUUUUUAAAAAACAGUAAUCAGUCUAUUCCACUAAACUACCAUCUAUCUGGUGAGGGUAUUUUUCCCAACCAUUUGAAUUUUACUUAAAUGUGACUUAAUUAUUAAGGAUAAGAAAAAGGGCCAGAAGCGAUGUUUUCAUAAUUUUGUGAUACAUGAUUCUGUUUUUAAGUCCAAACGUAUUUGUUUUUGUUUUUCCUGGUUGUAUUUUUAGAAUAUCACCAUGAAAGAUAGUGCAAGUUCAUGGGACCAAUAAUUGUGAGGCACAGUCUCUGUUCUGGAAUUCACAAGGUACCUGUAAUAAAACAUCCAAACAAGAGUCACAAAUCACAUGCUAAAACUCCUAGCAUCUAAAACACAUACAAGAUCUGUGCAGGGCAUAGAUAGACUUCAAAUAAAUUCAAACACUGGUUACUCCGUCAGUCCUGUGGCAGUUGAUCAUAAAGCAUUCUCACACGGGAGAUCUGGGCAAGGUAGAGUAAGAGCAGCAGUUCUGGUGGGUGUCAGAAAGGCAAAGUACAAGACAUCAUGAGCACCAUACACAUGAAGGUAUACAGGGGUCCAAGUUUGCCAUCUCCCUAGAAAUGAAUCGUUUUCACUCUUUGAUCUUUCUUUUUCAUUGUCCCUAACUCAAACUUUCUAUCUGCCCACUCUGCACUUACUGUAAACCAAACACGAAAAUGCCCUGCAAAAGAAAGUCACAAGACUAGGCAUAAGGACAGGUAGUCACUGGAACAUUCUUAACGUUACUGCUUAUAAAAAAGGCUUUCUUGUUAAUGUAGUUCUUAAGAGAAUACAAGUUUUAAAAUUGAUAAGCUAGAUUUACAUACAAUACCCAAGAUUUCUAAAACAUAAAUUCCCUAGCGUGAAGACAAAGCAUUUUAUAUCAUGAACCAGUCUUGGUAAAAUUUAUCUGUAGUGCUUUCCUAAGCCGAACAGUCAUAAUAUCCCUCAUGUAUCAGCUCUUAAAGGGAGUUGAAUGUUUACAACCAGUAGCAGUUUGCUUAUGGAUGAAAAGUUUCCUUGUAUGCAUAUUUUCUUAUGGUUUUCCUUGAUUACAAGUGGAAGCAAACCUGAAUCAAAAAUUUGAGGGGCCAAAUAUGUAGGAAUAUGUCAAAAACAGUGAACACUGAACUUGGCAAUCUUAGGAAUACAGUGACACCUUGGGUACAUAGACAACGUACAAUUCUCUAUGGUAUGUGGCAUACAGACAAGAAUGCUAUUAUCCUCCCCACUUAAAGUCUGUUGACCUAUGUAUUGUUUAUGAUUAUUCUUCCCAGAGAUUAGUGCACAUUAUAUGUAAAAGGUAGUGUCUGAUGUCUUAACCAUCUGAAGAUAAUGCAUUCACAGUGAGCUCCUGAUAGUAACAUAACAAGUUUAUAAAAUUAAUGUAUGGAUGUUAAAGUGACUCAAUAAAAAUGUAUAUAACAUAA